UGCCUGUUGAUCCGUUCGACACGGGCACACACACACAGACAGAUGCGCUUCACUAUCUUCUUGCUUUGUGGUAGAAUUUUGGCAGCACCAGUGGAAUGAUCUCGUGGAAGUUAUUUGUCGUUCUUUCUUCAAUAAUAGACAUUCAUUUCUUGGAUUUCCCAACAAGUAGCAAGUGAAACAAGUUAGUUUCAGCUUAUGUUCUGCUAGCGUACUUUGUUGGAGAACCCACACGGUGUGAAAAAUUGAUUGCUAGAAACGGGGUUCGUGGUACGUGAGUGAAUAAUUUUCAAUUCACUCGUCAAAAAAUGUUAUCCUAAAAAAUCGUACUGGUUAUCAUGUACGAUGGUGUAUCGAAGGAUCUGAGUCCCUGGAGAAUAAAGUAUUCUAACGUCUCAUCAUCACAAAGGGUUUCUAAACAUGGCAGAGGGUGGUUUAAAAGGUUCGCGAUCGGCCGAAGGCUUGGACAAACCAGGGAAACCAGGCAAGCUAUCAUCUGACCUUUUAAACAAGUUUGAGUCAGACCCUUCCUUAAGUGGUCCUCAGCCAUUAACUGUAGGUCAUUCUAGACUGAGCACACAGUCUUUUACAUCAAGUUCUGAGGAAAUUGCAACAUCACAAGAAAAUGUUAAAUCAACAAGUGCAACCGUCCGAAUCAAAAUCCCUGAUCAAAAUGAAGAUCAUCUCUCUCCCAGUAGUGGUGAUGAGGGCAUGUUCUCUGAUGAUGAAGGAGGGAAAGACAAAAAGAAGAAGAAACGGAAAUACAGAUGGAAGUGGAGUCCUUUCAAGAAAAUGAAGAAACUCUUCAGGAGAAAGAAAAGUCCGACAAGAGUAAAAUCAUGUGAGGAACUUCCAAGAGAACGUUACAAGCCAACUUAUGCAUCAUCUGAACAAGAGGACAAUGACUCACUAAGGACUAGGACAAAAUCAGAACCUUCUCUGGUGGAAACAAAGACCAAGAGUCCACUUGCUGCCAUUGAAGUGUAUGAAAGAAGGAAUACUGUGGACAAUCCAGUACAAAGGACAAAGAGUGAGCCUUCAAGGCAGUCCUUAGGCAGACUGUUAAAAAAUGUCAAAGUGCAAGGCAAAAGUCAAGACAGCAUCAGUGAAGAGCCUGCCAUGUCUUCAGAUGAACGAGAAAGUCAAACAGGAUCCAUAACUACAGGCCUGGACUGGACCAUGAUCAGUUCUGAUAGUGGUACUGAAGCUGCUGUCAGCUUUGAAAGUCUGCCAAGGGCUUCAUCAUUAGAGGGAUUACAAGCUGCGCAUGACAGGAUUAAAAUAGCACCAAAACACCGUCGACCACCCACCAGAGCUCACCCCAACAGCUCAUCCAUGAACAUCAAAAGAAAUCCUACAAAACCACACAGGAGGUCCAGGACCGAUCCCAAAGACAUGUCUGCCAAAACUAGUGUGGAAACUGAAUCUAAUGAAGAACUGGCCAGUAACAGAAACUCAGAUAUUGUUAAUGCAACUAUUUUCGAGGCUUUGGAAAGCAGCGAAGAGCAGAGUAAGGAGAAAGUUCUUGCUGAUAUGAAAGCUAAAGCCAGUGACAUUCUUGCUAGAGUACAGGAACCUCCAAAAGAAAGUGGUACAAGCACAAUUGAUGAGGUGGUAGCCGAGAUAGUGCAGGACAAGGAAGAUCAUACCGAAGCUGAAGGAGAGGAGAACAAAGAAAGUACUGAACAACAUGUCAAAGUAUUGGAUGAAAAUGAAAUGGAUAAUAAGGACAACGUUGUUAUCAAUAAAGAAAAUGAAGAUGUUCAGCCGACCAAACCAGACGUCCAGAUGGAAAACAAAGAAGAGUCAAAAGCUAAAGAGACGAUUCUUAAAGAACUCAAUGUUAGGAAAGAGGGAAGUAGGCCUAUGUUGGACAUGAGUAGAAGGUCUAAGUCACUCGGCAAGAACUUUGGGAAAAAAGAGUCAGCUAUGAAGCCACCGAUGCCAAAUCGAUUCUCUCUAGAUAGAAUUGAUCAAAACAUUGACAACUCAGAAGGAACAAAUACCGCUGCUCUGGAACUUAGAAAACUAGUUGAAAAGGAGAAAUCAAUUAAAACUGAAAGUGUUCAUGAGGAAAAAAGCAAUGAUUCGCAGAAUUCAGGCGAGAAGACGACUCCUGUAGACGACAGCAAACUGCGAUCCAAAGAUUCCACACCUUCCUCGCCGGUAAAGAGUUCUGAUGCAGACAAAACUCCCACUGGAACAAAACUGAAAGGUAAACCUACAGAGCAAGAUAACACUUCAGAUCAACCAGACUGGAUAAAACUAGCCACCAAGAAAAGCGCACGGCUCUCACAGCUGCUCGAUAGCAAAGACGUUCAGGCAUCGCUGAACGUGGAUACUGACUCGUCGUCCUCUCCCGCAUUGACAUCCGAUAACAAAGGUAAUAAAUUGAAACCUGCUGUCAAGGAAAAACCCAAAAUAGCGACUAAACCACAGGGACUAACGAACAAGAAGAACUCACCCGACGCGCCUCAAUUCGGAAGCAAAACGCCUAACAUCGAAGUAGAUAAAAAGGUACCAUUUCGAAAAUCUCUGAGUGAAGAAGAAACGAAUAAAGACAAAGCGCUAAGUCAGGUAUCUUCCACCGGGAAAAGUGUAUCAUCAGAUAAGUGCGUGGUGUGUGGUAGAACAGUCUACCAAAUGGAGAAGUGUAACUUUGACAGCAGUGUACUUCACAGACAGUGCGUCAAAUGCUCUGUGUGCAAUCGGCUCUUAACAGUUGGUAACUUUGUUAUAACUGAGAGUAAGGUGUACUGUAAACCUCAUGGACAGGCCAUCAGUGUGUCUUUGUAGCUAGAUUGCAAGUUUGCAACGAAGUAGGCUAAAAGCGCCACUACGUUUUACUGGCUCCGAGAGUAAUCCAAGAGUCUCUACAGACCUUCCACUACGCGGUAACACGCAUGCGGUAUGGGUCCACAUAGUAGAGUACAUAACUCUCAAAUGUUAUACUAUUAAUAUAGGGCCCUGGUGCAACAAAACAUGAAUAGUUUAGGUUAGAAAUUUCUCUUUAGAUGUAUUAUUGUUGUAGAUUAUUAUGGCGGGAUAUGCUUUCGACUCGUGUAUAUGAUAUUCGACAUAAUGAAUUGUCUAAACCUAGCAUAACCCAGUGGCUUAAUAUUGCGAACAAACUCGUAAUCUGAUUGGUUACGCAGCUGUCAUAUAUCGAUCAGUAGAAGGUUCCAACAAGGUUUUCCAUUUGAACAAAACCGUCAAUAUCUCACUCAGUCAUUGGUUGUGCGGGUAAAACAGUUAGACCACUCGGUCUCGAUAGCUAUUGACUUUGAUAGACCUGUGGCUCUGGGUUUUGCCUCUCGUGAAUGACCACGUUAUAGAUAGCUGGAGCUUAUAAUUGAGCCUGUUUCAGUGUUAUGGAAACCACAAUAGUAAACAUAGCAGUUUAAUUGACGGGCAGUUCCCUUUAGGCAAUUUUGUUCUUUCUGAUUUUAUUAAUGUGUACUCGGCGAUACUUAGCUUCUACGUCACUUGUUUCACGGGAUAUAUAUUUUCUUAGAAGUCUUACAUGAUUUUACUUUAUUCAGUUUUAUUUUUGCGCAGUGAUGUUUUAAUGUGCUUUUAAACCUAUGUUAUUUUAUUUAAGGGGCAGAGCCUUCAGUGGAAAUCUCUGGCUAAACGUAGUCAUAGAUAGAAGCAAGUUUCUAGUUGUUUUGUCAACUUGCGAUCACUAUGUUUGAUGGCGAUAGAACCUAGCUACUUUCGAGUCUGUUUUGACAGAACAUAAACAGAGAUCUUCUAGUAGGUUAACCUAGUCCAAAAAUUUAGAGAGGAAAUCUUAUCAAAAUUAUUUUUGUUGAUGUCAAAGUACUAUUUUUAAAAAUUUUAAAUUUAAGCUGUAUACUAAUAGUUGGAUUAUAAGUUCAUUACCAGGUGCUAAUAUUAAAGAACACAGAAAGAUAAAGUAACAUUCAGUCUUA